GCAUUGUAUUCGCUGGCAUCAGAUAAUAUUAAUAUCCCAUGAGAAUAAAAUGAAAAGAUUGGAUCAGAUGCGCAAACGAUCACCAACAGCGGGAUCCAAAUGUUCCAAGAGCCUCCAGAGCAAAACUGUGUCCCCAAACGCCAUCUCAUGGUCGGAGACUGAGGAAGGAGGUCUUCGAGAAGAUCCCAGUGAUGAUGACAAAAGGCAAUAUAAGGGGACAAGAUACAUCACAGAAGACCUGAUCAGGAGAUUGACUAAAUGUGAAAAUUUAGUCCUUGUGGGGACCCUGAAUUUGUCUACGUCUGCAGGAAGUGACAAACAAUUUCGAUAUAUUGAAAAUUUGGAUAAGUGUGAGCGCUUACACGUUCUCAACCUCAGUAACAACAGGAUCGAGAGAAUCGAGAAACUAGAGAAACUAUGUCAAUUACGGGAACUCCACCUUUCCAGUAACAGGAUACGAAAAAUUGAAGGUCUAGAGCACAUGACAAAUCUUCAGGUUCUGAAUUUGGCCUUCAACAACAUUGAACAUCUUCCAGUUUGGAUAGCAAAGAAGCUCAGAUCUCUUCAUACUAUACAUCUACAGAGAAACAAGAUAUUCUCACUUCAUGAGAUAACUAAACUGAAGCCCCUGAAGAACCUGACAGGUCUGUCAUUAGCAGAAAACCCCAUCUCCAGCCUGCCCCAUUAUCACCUCUUCCUAAUCUUCCAUGUGAGGUCACUGGAAAUGUUGGAUGGACAACCAAUCAGUCCACAGGAAAGAGAGCAAGCACAUCAGCGCUUUCACAUGGAGGAAGUGGAGCGUUUGGAGCAAGAGCUUGAGUUGAGAGCUGAAGAGACUGCACAGCUUCAGAGAGAGCGUACCACAGCCCUGGAAGAACUAGAGCGGCGGGAAACGCUCAACCAAAACCUGAGGCAACAGCAUCAGGAACAACAACGGAGCCGUGAGGAACUCCGGAGAGAACUUGACACCAAAUCUGAACUGACAAUUUCCUGUUCAGCUCUCUCUUCUCACUCCAUGCUUUUGUCACCUGCUCUAAAGCUUCCACAUCAUACUCCUCUGCUGGAUUCUCUCUGUCAGCUGAAGCAGAAAACAGUGGAGUUGACCCGGGCCUGUCAGAAACACUAUGAGCUUGAGCAGGAGUUGGCUUUUCACAAAAUAGAUGCCAAGUUUGAACCUCUUCCGUUUUAUCCAGAUCCUGAUGUGGAGGUGGAGAACCUUUCUAGCGAGAGUCCAUACAUAGGAAAGUCUCGUCAGAAAAGGAACAUCACAUUUCAAUCAGAGACGGAUAGCAUGGGUGCACAAAACCAGCAGCAGCCUGCCUCAGCGGACCUGACUGAGACAGACACCCCAGGAGAACAUGCUCAGCUUAGAGCUGAGGAGCGAUUACAGCAGUUGCAUAAAGAAAUUGAGGCAAAAGAGCAGCAGAUCCUUAAAGCCAGUGAAGAGCUCCGGCAGCUAGAGGAGACAGUUUCUCAGAGAUGGAUCUGUGAGGCUGAGAAGGAUCAGCUCAGGCAGGAGCUUCAGAGGAGGAUACAGAGGCUGGGAGAGAUGAGAGGAGAGAUGGAGGCUGUGGAGAGGCAGCUGGACAGACUGAAUGCUGAGAGGAACCAAGCCCAGGAGGAAAUGGACCAGCUGCAGAAUCUACUGCACAGCCUGGAUCCCAGUGACCCCAGACAUGCCCAUGUAAAGGCUCAGUUGUCCAAGAAGACACAGCUGCUGGCCAUCAUGAGCAGAAAGCACCAGGAACUGGAGAGCAGGCUGGAUGACAUGAUCACACGCAUCUACAAGGAGACACAGGAGAUAAAAGAACUAGAGCAACAACUUACUGAUGGUCAGAUCGCUGCUAAUGAAGCACUCAAGCGUGACCUGGAGGGCAUCAGCGCAGGUCUCCAGGAGUAUCUGCAGGGGGUGAAGGACCAAGCACGAAGAGCCAAGUUAGAUUGCAGGCAUCUGCAGAGGGAGAAAGACGCUCUGCAAUGCCUCCUAUGUGAGAAGGAGCAGCAAUGCACACAGCUGCAGAAAGAAGCUCUGAGUGCUAAAAGCGCACAGGAGGAGCUGCAGCAUCAGCAGCAGGAGUUGGAGGAUCUGAGGAAGGAGAAUGAAGAGCUGAAGCAGGCUCAGGGGCAGGUCAGUGAAUAUGAGGCAGAGCUGGAGACUCAACUGCAGGAGAGAGAUACUGAGGCCACACAGCUGAAGGAGGAGCUGAACAGACUGCGUCGACUAAGUAAAAUGGAGCACUCUGCACUGCAGGCAGAGUUGCAGAAAGAAAGACAGGCAAAAGAGAACGCUUUGGCACAGAUGCAGAUGGCUGCCGACAGAGAGCUUGAGAACACAGAGCUUCAGCAACAGGUCAACGCUCUCCAGCAGGAAAGAGACAGUCUUAAGGAGAAGGUGGAUGCUCUUCAGUGUGAUUUGGAGCAGGUUAGGGAGGAGCUGCUUUGCCCGGAAAGUGUGGCUAAACAUUUAGGAGAGCUGAGAAGAGCCAUAGCUACAGGACAAGAAAUACUACGCUUUGAAGACCUUGGAGAACCAGUGAAUAAGAAAUUCAUGGAGCUACAACAGGAGGUGCAUCAUGUGGUAUCUGCUGCUCAGAGAGAUAGAGACGAGGCCCAGCGCUGUCAAGAGAGAUUUGCUGGAGAGAUGAGUUCGCUCACAGAGAGACUCGGGAAGUACCAAGAAAGAUACCAGGUUCAGCAGGCAGCAGAGAGACGGGGUGAGGAGGUGGAGCUCCAUAGAUUGAGGAAGGAGCUGGAAGAUGCUCAUCAGCAGCAGUACUUGAUGCUGCAGCGUUUAGAGGAGACGGAAAUGGACAGGGACCGUCUUCUUGCUGAAUUAGAAGAACAAGAUAAACAGGUGAAAGCUGAAGAGAGCCAGACUCAGGAGCAGCUAGAAUCUCUCAGUCUGGAGUUGCAGGCGCUCAGGAGCUCUUUUUCCUCUGCUGACAGAAUGGCUGCCCAACAACUGACUGCAGCAAAGGACAAACUUCACUCUCUUCAUAGCACUAUAGAGAAAAUACAUCAGGAGAGAGCAGCGAAUGCAGAGGAGUUACAAAGCAGCAGGAUUCAGGCUGCCCAGGCCAUUCAGGACUUGGCUAAUGCUGAAACAGAAAUCAAGGUUCUCCAGAAGCUUUCGAGAGAUAGGGUUCAUGAGACAGAUUGGAAUCUCCACAGUGUCCCAAACUCUAGUAUUCAACAGCAAGAAUUGGACAGAUUAAACCAAACCUUGAAAAGACAACAGGCCCAAACCAAACGUCUCAGAGAUCAACUAGCACAAGCAAACAAAGCUAACAACGUAAAUCUAGAAGAGCUUCUGGAAGAGAUUGGAGCACUGAGGGAGACUCUUCUACAGCAGAAUAACUUCCUGUCCAGUUUAGGAGAUCCCCUGCCAAACACAGGAUGUUGGUACUAUGUCCCGUCAAAUCAAAAUGCCCCUAGUUUUGGAUCUCAGGGCACACAAGACUCAGGACUGGGCUCUGUGCACCCACAGUCCCCUGAGAGAGGCCGGCGGUCUGGCCACAGAGCACACAGGGAGAGAAGACUUGUUAAUGGAGGAUACUGGGUCUAUUCCCCCCAUCCUCACACUCAUGGAAAGAGAGAUGCACAGAUGUUCAGAGACAGUGGAAGAGAGAGCGAUAUAGAGACACGCUUCACGCCUCCAUCAGUCUCUGCUGGAUUUACUCUACCUGAUGGUACUGCUUUUCCUCCUGGUUCAUUUAUCUACAAUCACCAUGCGCCUGGACUUCCCAUUGGCUCAAGUACAGUCCUCUAUGGGCCGCCCCCUGAUGGAGCCAGGCUGAUGUACGGACCUCCUCCCAGCAAUCUGACUAUUCCUCUGGUGCCCAGUGGGACGCUGCACUGUAAUGUGCCUGGACAUCAGGUCUUGGAGCGACAUCUGAAGAAGGCAGAGCAUAGGCUGAAAGAGGAGUGCGCUGAUAGAGCUCACAGUGAUAAAGAACAGCAAGCACUUCAAGAAAAAACAGCAGACCUACAGCGGGAAAUCAAAUGCCUGCGCAGGACUGUCCACACACUGCAGCGCCACAUGAGUGGGCUGGAAGGCUCCUUAUCACAUGCAGAGGAGGAGCAGUGUGUGCUGGGAGAGGUGGAGUGUGUGGAGAAGACCCUGCUGAAGCGCAGAGCGGAGCUCAGAGAGGUUGACAGGCUGCUGCUAGAGGCUGAGACACAGCUCAAAGACACUCGAGCCAAGACUAAAGAAAGCGUACAGCGCUACAAUGAGGCUAGGAGGCGAGUGAAAGAGACAGAACGAGAGCUGGUGGAGAUGGAACAGAGAGCUCAAGACGGUGCCACACAGCUGGUGCAAACCAAACAACAGCUCAGGAAUCUUCAAGAGGAGGUUAAGGAGCUGCAGAAAAGAAAACAGGACCAAGAACACACUCUACACGAAGUAGAGGAGGUCCUCGCAUGUCAAGAUGCAAAGUUUCAAGAAGUCAACAGAAGGUUGGAGAGAGCGACUGACAGACUGGAAACAGCUGAGAAAGAGCUCAGAGAGACCCAGAGCCUGGAGGUGAAACUCUUGCAGAGCUGCAGAGAGACAGAAGAAUGUCUAUCACGACGCAAAACAGAGCUGGACCAAGUCAGCGCUCGGGUGGUGUUGCAGCAGGAGGAGCUGUCUUUGCUGGACAGGAAGCUGGAGCAAUGGAAGAAGGAAGAGGAAGUGUUGAGAAUUAGUGUGGAGAAACACAGGCAGGGCCUGUUGGAUGUGCUCAGACAGGGAGAGGAGGAUGCCCAACUCUUACACCAGCGCAUUCAGGAGCUCCGUGUGGAUGUGCAGUCUCUGGCCGUGCAGAAGGGAGAGCUGGACUCUCAGCUGUCCGAGAAGAAAAACAGACUGGCACAGUAUAAGAAAGAGCAGCAGAAGGAGGAGGAAACCCUGCAGAACCUCCAUUCAGCCAUCAAAAAACAUAAAGCAGAGCUGAAGCAUGUGUUGGAAAUGGUCCGGUUGGAGACAGGGGAAUUAGAGGGUGUGGAGCUUCAGCAGAGCCAGAAACUGGACCAGCUAGAGAGGAGCCAGGAAACUCUGCUACAGGUGCGUGUAGAACUGCAGCGCGUGCAGCAGGAGCUACAGGAGCAGCGUGGGGAGGCUGAGAGACAGAUGAACCUGCUGGAGAAAGAGAGAGUAGAGCUGCACACCCUCCAACAGAAGUGCCUCGACCCGCAACAGCAAACAGACACAGCAGUCCAAGAGAGGAGCAGCCUGCAGGAACAGUGCAGAAACCUGGAGGCCAUGCGGACACAUGCACAGAGGUGUUUGGAAGCAACAGAGACGAGGGCGAGGACUGCAGAAACAGAGCUGCUUAGACUACAGACUGAGCUGGACAAACUACAACAGGACCAGAAACACGCACACAAUAAACAUCAGGAGAUCAACAGGGACACGGCAGCCAUGCAGCAGCAGCAUGAGGAGGAGUUGAGCAGAUUGAAGAAACAGCUGGUGGAAUCUCAAACUCGGUUAGAUGAGAUCAGAGAGGAGGUGAAGGCUGCGAGAAGGCAGCGGGAAGAGCUAGUGAAGCAACAGAAGGAGCAAAAGGCUGAACUGCAGGAGAAAGAGGAGAAGAUCAAGAGGAGACAACAGAAGCUGGACAGACUAAAUCAACAGCUGCAGGAGCUCAAGGCAGAAGUAGUCAUGAAACAGACACAGCUUCAAGAACAUGAAAAGCUGAUGAGAGUGCAGCAGCAGCAGAGCACUGAUCUGGAGCAGCAGAAGCUGCAGGCAGUAGAGAGCGCUCUGGGCCUCAGGCUGGACCGGAUGGAGCAGAUCGCUGCCGCAGAAAUGGACCUGAAGAGGGAGCGCAAACAGUGCACUGCACUACAAGAGCAGGUGGAGAAACUAGAGCAGGAGGUGUGUGAGCGGGACUCCAGACUCCUGCAUGCUGUUGAAGAGACCCACCGCCUGCAGGACGCUCUGCUGUCUGACAGCACCAGCGCUGAGGGACGUCAGGAGGCCCAGAGGAACCACAGCCACUCAAACAGGCAAAAACUGCAGGGAGUGGAAAAGCUGCAGAGCCAAGAAGAGGGCAGCACUCAGCUACGUGAGAUCAAGGACAGCAUGCACUCUCUGAGGUCCCAGGUGAAAGCAGAGCUUGACAAUGGGCUGAGGGAGCUGGAGUCGCCCUCUAGUGCCUCCUCAGACACAGACAGCCUGAAAGAGAACCGUCCCGGUGUGGGGAUCCCAGCAUGCAACACUAAGGAUGAACAGUGGCGAGGUGACAAGCUGAGGGAGAGACUGAGGCAGCAGGAGGACCACUUAAAGGUUCAGCUGCGCAGACGCAUGUUCUCUCAACAGGAAGCUCUGAGUCAGCGCAGACUGCAGACUGAAGGCAGCAUUCAGGGCCUGCGCAGACAUGUCGACGAACUGGACCGGCGCCUCAGCAACUCUUCCAAAGACUCCUAUUAUUUGGAUGACCAGGAAGCUCUGCCAAAACAUGCCAAUGUAAUUGAUCAGAAACAAUGCUCCACUGUCCCUUUUGUAUUGACAUGAGCAAAUAUUUGCAUAUGCAGAAACGUAACCAAGCAGCAUAUAUAAAGAAGGAACUAAUUUCCAUUAUUUUUGUCAGAUUAUGAAAGCAGGUGGUUACAGAGGAGCAGCUGGAUUAAACCCGCUUCUACCAGAAACAAGCACGCAGAAACCACUGAGCCAAAUU